GGGCUCACGCGCCUAGAGCCAGUUAGCAGUGCUCGGCAUCGGUGCUGCGGUCUUCUUUCUGGCCUCCGUCUGCUCUCCCGGCCGUUCGCCGCCCUCGACCCCGCCAUGCCGGUGGACCUCGGCAAGUGGUCCGGGCCCUUGAGCCUGCAGGAAGUGGACGAGCAGCCGCAGCACCCGCUGCAGGUCAGAUACGCCGGGGCAGAGAUCGACGAGCUCGGCAAAGUGCUGACGCCCACCCAGGUUAAGAACCGGCCCACAAGCAUUGCAUGGGAUGGCCUCGAUCCAGGUAAACUCUACACCUUGGUCCUGACAGACCCGGAUGCGCCCAGCCGGAAGGACCCCAAAUACAGGGAAUGGCACCAUUUUCUGGUGGUCAACAUGAAGGGCAAUGACAUCAGCAGUGGCACAGUCCUUUCUGAUUAUGUGGGCUCCGGGCCUCCCAAGGGCACAGGCCUUCAUCGCUAUGUCUGGCUGGUCUACGAGCAGGGCGGGCCGCUGAAGUGUGAUGAACCCAUUCUCAGCAACAGAUCUGGAGACCACCGUGGCAAGUUCAAGGUGGCAUCUUUCCGCAAAAAGUACAAGCUCGGGUCCCCGGUGGCUGGCACAUGUUACCAGGCCGAAUGGGAUGACUAUGUGCCCAAGCUCUAUGAGCAGCUGUCUGGGAAGUAGGGGAAAGUUAGGAGACGGGAACCUCUCAGGUCCCAAGCAGUGUUCUGUAGCUCAGUGUUGCAUGUAGAUUUCCCCUCUUCCCUGCUCCCAGUCUCACAGGUGAGACCUGAGCAAUCAGAUAGUGGUGUCGGGUGACUUCCUUCCGAUAAUCCUUUGUAAUUCUAGAGGGUUACACACUGCAGUUUAUGUGUUGAUCAAAUUUGAACUCCAUUUUGGGGGAUAUUUUGGUACUAUGAUGAGGUCAUCAGAAUGUUAAUAUAAGAGUAGCAACCCAGAAUUUAAAGAAGAAAAAUUUGAGGUAAAAAGACAAGGUCUCUAGUAAUAGCGCAGAAUAUCAAAGAAUCUUUAAGGGAAGUUAAGAAAAAAGACUCCUCGCCUCUGCCCUGUGAGCCCGAGAUCAGAACUGUGCAUGAUGGCAUCUUCUGAGACGUGUUUUCAUGGCCGUUUCCCACAAGACAGCCAGAGGCUGGCAUGUCCGCUAAGCCCCAACAUGGUAUAUGUAUAGACCAGUUACUAGGUGCCCUUGUCCUGCUCUGGCUCCUUUAAAGAGGGGUACUAGGAAAGCCAUGGGGAGAGUUGCCCUGCUGUUAAGGCACGGCCACCCAGAUGAGUGGCAGGUUUGGGUCGAGAGGUUGUCAGAAAUCCGUAAGUCCGUGACUGUUAAAUUGCUCACUCUUCAUUGGUCUGAGGAAAGCCGGUCUGGAGUUGCUGAAUGUUGUGUCAGUUCUGCUAUUUGCUUAUAGUUGAAUAAAAGUAAAAAUGACAAUAUUGUGUUGAA